AACUCUGUAGAGGGUCUUACAGGUGUUAUGAACAACUAUGAGGUCAUCCGUCAGAUUGGAGAGGGUGCGUUUGGUAAAGCCUUCCUGGUUCGAGACAAAGGGGGAGAUGGAGACGGACAGUGUGUGGUCAAACAGAUCAACCUCAGGAAGAUGUCAGCGAAGGAAAAGGAAUCGUCCAAGAAAGAAGUGACCUUGCUGUCAAAGAUGAAACACCCGAACAUUGUGUCCUUCAUAAGUUCAUUUCAAGAGAAUGGCAGCCUGUAUAUAGUGAUGGAGUACUGUGACGGAGGAGAUCUGAUGAAGAAGAUCAACAUGAAGAGAGGAGUCUUCUUCAGUGAGAUGCAGGUCGUGGACUGGUUUGUUCAGAUCUGCCUCGGACUCAAACACAUCCACGACAGGAAGGUCCUUCACAGAGACAUCAAAGCUCAGAAUAUCUUCCUAACCAACGGAGGGAUGAAAGCAAAGCUGGGGGACUUUGGAAUCGCAAGAAUGUUGAAUAACACCAUGGAGCUGGCCAGGACUUGUGUUGGGACACCGUACUACCUCUCCCCUGAGAUCUGCGAGAAUCGACCCUACAACAACAAGACGGAUAUCUGGUCUCUGGGCUGCGUCCUAUAUGAACUCUGCACCCUGAGGCAUCCAUUUGAGGGCAGCAGUCUGCGGCAGCUGGUCGGUAAAAUUUGCAGGGGCAGCUACAACCCGGUACCCAGCCACUACUCCUACGACCUUCGCCUGCUGGUCAUCCAACUCUUCAAGGUCAACCCCCGGGACCGUCCCUCGGUCAGCUCUGUCCUCAAGCGUCCCUUCCUGGAGAAGCACAUCAGCAAACACCUGGAUCCACAGGUGAUGCAGGAGGAGUUCAGCCACACUGUGCUGCAUCGAAACAAGGCAGCAGCGUCUCAAGCUGUUAAAACUAGAGCAGGAGCAGCAGAGAAGAAACAAAAGUCCAGAGCAGCAGAGAGACCCGGAGCCGCUGUAAAGAGACAGCCUGCUAAACCAGAGUGGAGAGUCCCACUCAGAGUCCACACUCCUGCCCACUACAGACCUCUUCAUCAAAGAGCUGCAAACAGAGAAGAUGCAGGGCAGCAGAACCAAAGGUUUAAUGGACAUCAGCCAGUCGGCCAUUACCAACACCACUACGCCCAACUGGACGCCUUUCAGAGGAGGAACAAGGAAGACGUCCUUCCUCUUCCUCCUCCUCCU